GGUCGAACUCCAGCGAAUCACAGAAAGCUGCCUAGCCACAAAAAAAUAAAUCCCUGUGGCGCGAGGGGAGGGUUCCGUCUAAAUGCCCACAACAAGUAAUUAUCCGUGACAGGUCUCGGUUUGCGCUACGGACAGGUCAGGACUGAGCCAGAACCUUAAGACGGAUCGCUGUCCAUCAGGCGUGGGAUGAGAGCGGAGCCGGAGGCACGCUUUCCGUUCGCGUCCAGCAGAUGGCGCUCUGUGCGCUCUAGCGGGUAUCGCAGAGUGGGCUCGGUGGUGAGAUGCUGUGUCUGGGAGCGGGUUGGUGGAGACCGGAGCGGAGUACCAGCGAUGCUGCCUCUCUGUAGCUGCUGCGCACCGCAGUGAUCCGGUCUCGCUUUCGUACAGCUGUUUUGAUCCGCCGCUCGGCGGAUGCUCCUUCUUCCUGUCUCGGCCAGCAUCCAGCAAAUGGUCCAUUUCUGCACCGCGGCAGGGUAUGAGAGCACAAUCCAUCACUGAUUGAAUUUUUGGACAAGAAAGCGGGAGAGGGGUCGAGAAGAAGCGCUGUUCCAAAAAGGAUAAUAUUUGGAGCUGAGGAGGUAUGCCUGUUCCAGACCAGCCUUCUGACUCUGAGAAGAGUGCCAUGCUGAGCCCUGUACUGAAUGCCUCCAAUGGGGAUGGUUCAGAGACAGAGACAACUUCUGCCAUUCUUGCCUCAGUGAAGGAACAGGAGCUGCAGUUUGAGAGACUGACGCGGGAGCUGGAAGCAGAGCGACAGAUUGUUGCCAGCCAACUGGAGCGAUGCAAGCUCGGCUCUGAGACCGGCAGCAUGAGCAGCAUUAGUUCAACAGAGGAGCCGUUCCGCUGGAAUACCCAAGAUGGCCAAAAAGACAUUGAAGAUGAACUGACUACAGGCUUGGAACUUGUGGAUUCCUGCAUAAGGUCUCUCCAGGAGUCGGGCAUCCUUGACCCGCCAGGAUACUCUUCAGCUGAAAGGCCGAGCCUUCUUUCCCAGAGUGCACUGCAGCUCACUUCCAAUCCAGAAGGGUCUUUCCAGUACACAGCCAGCUACCAUAGCAACCAGACCCUUGCUCUGAGUGAUUCUUCAGCACCACAGAUCCCUUCUCGCAGCGGCCAAGUUGGAGGUGCUGUCCACAGUUACAACCAGGUGACGUCGAACCGCGCCGCCCAGCUGGCAGCGGGCGAGUCCUCGCAGCCCCCGCCCCGCGAGUCCUUCGCGCCCAGCCACGCCAGCGCCUUCCACCUGCCCGACCCCCAGCACCCGCCCGCACUCUACUACUCCAGCUCCACCCUGCCCGCGCAGCGCGUCAGCUCGCCCCUGUCCAUGCAGCAGGGCGGCUCGCCCAGCAAGCUGCAGCGCGUGGGCUCGGCCUCGGAGACCUCAGGCUACGCCACCACGCAGAGGGUGUCCUCCCCCAAGCAGUCCCCCAGCCGGCUGGCCAAGUCCUACAGCACCAGCUCGCCCAUCAACAUCGUGGUGUCCUCCUCGGGCCUGGCCUCCUCCCCGCUGCGUGUCGCCUCGCCGCCCAACGCCCAGGGGGGCCUGCCCUCCUCCCCCCUGCACCAGAUCAGCUCUGCCGUGGGCAGCUACGCCACGCUGUCCCCCACCAAGCGGCUGGUGCAUGCCUCCGACCAGUACAAGCACUCGCAUGACCUGUACGGCGCGGCCACCCUGCAGAGACCCGGCAGCCUCGCGGGAUCCAGAGGAUCCUACAGCAGUCAGCACAGUCACCUUGGCGCUGAGCUCCGGACACUGCAGUCUCCAGAACACCACAUUGACCCCAUCUAUGAGGACAGGGUCUACCAAAAGCCCCCUAUGAGGAGUCUCAGUCAAAGUCAAGGAGACCCACUGCAGCCAGGACACACUGGCACCUACCGGACCAGCACAGACCUAGUGAACCAGUUUUGUGAACAGGUCCUGAAUUUUUUGCUUUGUCCCUACUUUCCUGUCGUAGCCCCAUCUUCCCCUGGUGUUGACUCCGUACCCUUGCAGCGCACAGGCAGCCAGAACGCCACGGGCACUUUCCAGAGAGCCAGCUACGCCGCUGGCUCAGCGGCCGGCUACGCCGACCCCUACCGCCAGCUCCAGUACUGUCCAUCUGUGGAGUCUCCAUACAGCAAGUCCGGUCCCGCCAUCCCGCCCGAAGGCACCCUGGCCAGGUCACCCUCCAUCGACAGCAUUCAGAAGGACCCCAGGUACGACCGUGAAUUCCUUGUCUGGAAUCAAAAUCAAGCCGAGCAAAGAAUGACAAAGGAGUUCGGAUGGCGAGACCCAGAGCUCCCUGAGGUCAUCCAGAUGCUGCAACACCAGUUCCCCUCGGUGCAGUCCAAUGCUGCCGCCUACCUGCAACACCUCUGUUUCGGAGACAACAAGAUCAAAGCAGAGAUCCGGAGACAAGGGGGGAUUCAGUUGCUCGUGGACCUGCUGGAUCACCGCAUGGGCGAGGUGCACAGGAGUGCCUGCGGGGCCCUGAGGAACCUGGUCUACGGGAAGGCGAACGACGACAACAAAAUCGCGCUGAAGAACUGCGGGGGGAUUCCUGCGCUGGUCCGGCUGCUGCGGAAGACUGCGGACGUGGAGAUCAGGGAGCUGGUCACAGGUGUGCUGUGGAACCUGUCCUCCUGCGACGCGCUGAAGAUGCCGAUCAUCCAGGACGCGCUGGCCGUGCUGACCAACGCGGUGAUCAUCCCCCACUCCGGCCUGGAUAGCUCCCCCCACCAGGAGGACCGCAAGCUGCAGCUCCACUCCUCACAGGUGCUGCGCAACGCCACCGGCUGCCUGAGGAAUGUCAGCUCUGCCGGAGAGGAAGCACGCAGGAGGAUGAGGGAGUGCGAAGGGCUCACUGAUGCGUUGCUCUACGUGAUCCAGACCGCUCUGGGGAGCAGCGAGAUUGAUAGCAAGACCAUCGAAAACUGUGUGUGCAUCUUGAGGAACCUGUCGUAUCGGCUCGCAGCAGAGACUUCUCAGGGACAGCAGAUGGGCACGGACGAGCUUGACGGAUUGCUCUGUGGCGAUGCCAACGGCAAGGACGCGGAGAGCUCCGGGUGCUGGGGGAAGAAGAAGAAGAAAAAGAAGUCACAGGAUCAGUGGGACGGGGUCGGCCCUCUGCCCGAGACGGCGGAGCCCCCGAAAGGCAUCCAGAUGCUCUGGCACCCGUCCAUCGUCAAACCCUACCUCACUCUGCUCUCCGAGUGCUCCAACCCCGACACGCUGGAAGGCGCCGCCGGGGCCCUCCAGAACCUGGCCGCGGGCAGCUGGAAGUGGUCUGUGUACAUCCGGGCAGCGGUUCGGAAGGAGAAAGGCCUGCCCAUCCUGGUGGAGCUGCUCCGGAUCGACAACGACCGGGUGGUGUGUGCAGUCGCUACAGCUUUAAGAAACAUGGCCUUAGAUGUGAGAAACAAAGAACUUAUUGGCAAGUAUGCUAUGCGGGAUCUGGUCCACCGUCUGCCCGGGGGCAACAACAGCAGCAGCAGCACCAACAGCAGCGCCGGCAAGACCAUGUCCGACGACACCGUCACCGCGAUCUGCUGUGCGCUGCACGAAGUCAUAACUAAAAACAUGGAGAACGCCAAGGCCUUACGUGAUGCUGGGGGCAUUGAAAAACUCAUCGGCAUCGCCCGGAGCAAGGGAGACAAGCAUUCACCAAAGGUGGUGAAGGCAGCUUCUCAGGUCCUCAACAGCAUGUGGCAAUACAGGGAUUUGCGCAGCCUCUACAAAAAGGAUGGAUAUUCACAGUAUCAUUUCGUUGGGUCUUCUUCAACAAUUGAACGGGACAGACAAAGACCAUACUCCUCCUCGCGCACUCCUUCGAUUUCCCCAGUGCGGACAUCCCCCAACAAUCGAUCAGCAAGUGCCCCUGCCUCACCUCGAGAGAUGAUCAGCCUCAAGGAAAGGAAGACGGACUACGAGUCGACUGGAACAAAUGCAAGUUUCCAUGGAAACAAAGGGGAACACACAUCCAGGAAAGACACCAUGACAGUUCAAAUCUCAAGUGGAACCUCAACGUUGUUCCGAAACUCUUAUGUUACCCCUGACGAAGACAUCAAACAUAACCAGGUCUCUUCCCAGCCUGUGCCACAGGAAAGCAGCAGGAAAGACUACGAGACAUUCCCACCAUUUCAGAACUCCACCAGGAACUUUGAAGACUCGUUCUUUGAAGACCAAGUGCACCACCGUCCUCCGCCGGCCACAGACUACAAUAUGCACCUGGGACUGAAGUCGACUGGCAACUACGUGGACUUUUACUCGGCAGCUCGUCCCUACAGUGAACUCAACUACGAGACGAGCCACUAUCCCGCCUCACCCGACUCCUGGGUGUAGAGGCUCCGGCCGGCAGCGGUCUCGGUUGCAGACGGGAGAGCCGUGCAUGUGCAUGUGUACCACGAGACAUUCUUCAGCCAGUUUAGUUUGUCCAAGCUCGUUCCGUAGGAAGGGUGUGUCGAAGCGUGUGGCGGUGGUGGGGGCAGGGCGGGAGGGGGGCCGGGGGCCCGAGCAGAGGCAGAGUGUGGGUCAGAGGACAGGCGACAGAGGGGGCUCGUUCGGGGGGUACAGCGGGAGCCGUGACCUUUCGCGUCGGGACAGAAUGUCAGGGAGGGCGUCUGGGAUGUCGAAGAUGGAAAGAGACUGUAAAUAUGUGGGACAGUAGAAAGAUGAGUAUGUCAAGCACAAAACAAAUGAACUGUUAUUUACAGGAGUUAAGGGAACAGCUUUCCAUGUUUUGUUUAUUAUCUUCACCUCAUCGUGAAUCAUGGCUUCAACUUGCAUUUAAGGGGUUUCUUCUGUGCAAGAAGAUGCUUCCGGCCUUUUCUCUUUUACUUUUAAUUUUUUAUCAGUUUUUAUCACUUUUUUCGAUGCUUUGUUGUAAAGUAUUUGAUGUACAUUACAGAGAUACAAGUGCAUUGUGUAUAUUAUUACACAGAUGCCACUGUGUCCCUUCUUCAGUGGCCAUUAAUAUUGUUUUCCGAUUUUAAAAAAUUGGAAAAACGUACGAGUUACGAAUAUUUCCUUUCCUUAAAAGUACUUUUAACAGCAAGAAGGACAUAUUUAGCAGUAUUGUUCGUUCUGAUAAUGUGAAUUUGUUUGUGGCAACUAAACAAACGUUUAAGGACAGUUAACAGAACAUCAUUCCACACUCCUUGUCAAUGAAGUGCUUUUUCACUGCCUAAAAAUUUUAGAUGUAGAUAUUUGAAAUAGAUUUUUUUUGGGGUUUUCACUUAUACCAGGUUUUUAUUUAUGAUGGUACAGUGUUAUAAGAUAAUAAAUUCAACUUUGUUUGUCAUCCAUAUUUGCAUAAAACCUGUCUGUUCCACUAGUAUCUCAGUUAUCUGUGCUUAUAUUAAAAGAGGAUUAAAAAUGUGCCAAACUACAUUAUCUCUAGUAUCAGCCUGGAGAUACUGUAAUUUAGAACUCUAGUUUACAUUCAAUGGUUAGUUAUAUGUUCUCCUGAUGCCAGUUUGUAAAUGCUUUUUUUCUAAAUGUGUUUCAAUGGAAUUAAGCUAUAUCUAGAGAUAUACUGAAACAUAACCAGGAGGGCAAAAUCUUUGAGAGCUUAAUUCCCUCCAAAGAUGUACAAAAUCCCUGUCUCUAUAUUAGCUGGGUGUGUGUUGUUAGUUAAGGAUUUUCAAUGUCUAAAAAGAGAAGCAUUCUGUCAGACAGGUGGCUACUACUGUUUGAAUUCACGUUUUAAAAAAUCGUAAAUCAUCUUAGACUACAAUGUUAAUAGCGAAUGAUAAAUAUAUAUAUAAAUAUAUAUAUAAUUUUUAUGUGCAGAUGUCAGUGUCACUACAAGCAACAAAGCUAUGAAAAAGACUUGUAACAUAGGACCGUUCACCCUGAUAAUCUCAUCCAGACAUGCUACAGUAUACACUUAAAGAUAUUGACCUCCUGGUCUGAAUUAUGUUGUUUCCAAGUUAUAUAGAUCAACGUUCUGAAAUUUGGGUUAUGUUCAGAUGCCAGGAAAAUAAAUUCUUCUGUACAAUCUUCA